AUGAUCAGAGGGCCCCACCUCUGCAUACUCCGUUCUCCCUAUUUCUUCAUACCCAUUUUUUCCCCUCACGACGCAACGCAACGCAACUUCUCUUUUCCCAGUCCUCUGUUGUUCCUGCGUUUUCGCCCUUUUACGUUUUACUGCAAAGUCUUCGCCUUUCUAUCUCUUUCAAUCUGUUUUUUUUAUCUCCCUCUUCCCCUGUUAAUAUUUCAAAACUAUCUUGCUAUUGUUUUCUUUUUCUUUUUUUGCUUUUCGUUAAUUUUAAUUCUUCUCCCCAAUUUGCUUCUUUCGGUUCCUCCGAUUUGUGAUUUGCCUUCCCGAACUUUUCCCCGUUGCUUUUCUGAGCUUUUCCAAGGGUGUUUCCGUGUGAUGGCGAACGAAGGAAGUAAUACUGAGACCUUAGCUCCUGCGGAGCCCCAUCUAUUCGAGAAUCGGCAUGUUGAUGCUAGCCAACAUCAGCAAUCUUCAUACACUUCCACUACAACUGGGUCUGAAGCUGUAUCAUGGACUGUUCAUAGCUCUACAGCAAAUGGAAUGUAUUCUAAUCCAACCUACCAGUAUGAUCAACAUCCACAGCCGCCUGGAAGAAGCGUUCAAGAUGGUCAAAAUGUAACUUCAGUUGCUGGUAAUUCAUCAAAUUUGGGAACAGCUAAUGUACCCCAAGAUUACAAUGCAUACGCAUCAUACCCAAGUUCUUCUAAUCCAUAUGGUUAUGGCAGCGUGGGAUACUCGGGCUACUAUAACAACUAUCAGCAGCAACCUAAUCAUACCUAUACACAGCCUGUAGGAGCAUAUCAAAACACAGGUGCUCCUUAUCAGCCUAUUUCAUCCUUUCAGAAUACUGGGUCUUAUGCUGGAUCUGCAAGUUAUUCAAGCACUUAUUACAAUCCUGCUGAUUAUCAGACUGCUGGAGGUUACCAAAACAGCAACGGAUAUGGAAAUCAAGCAACUUUGUGGAACAAUGGCAGUUAUUCAAGUUAUUCUUCUCAUCCAUAUACAAAUUAUGCCCCCGAUUCCAGUGGUUCUUAUAGUUCUGGUGCUGCAGCUACCUCUGUGCAGUAUCAGCAACAGUACAAGCAGUGGGCGGACUAUUACAACCAAACAGAAGUCAGCUGUGCACCAGGAACAGAGAACUUAUCUGUUCCAAGUUCAUCUAGUUUGGGUUGUCCUAUUUCUGCGGUUACUAAUGGUUAUGCAACUCCAAACAGCCAGCCUCCGCAAUCAUAUCCACCAUUUUGGAGGCAAGAAUCCAGCUCUUCUGCCAUACCUUCUUUUCAGCCUGCUGCAGUAAAUGGUGAUCAUGAUGGUUACUGGAAACAUGUGGCCCAAAGUUCUCAAAUUCAACAAACUAAUCCUAUUCAGCCAAACUAUCAAAGUCCUUUGGAUUUAAAAUCUUCUUAUGAUAAAUUUCAGGAUCAGCAGAAGACCAUAUCUUCUCAAGGAACCAAUUUGUACUUUCCUCCUGCCCCCCCUCCUCAUCCCUCUCAACAGGUGAAUGUGACACCUGUACAAAGUGCUCCAUCUUUGGAUGCAAAACGGCCCAAAAUCGAGAAAGAUAGCUCUACAAUCAGUUCAGCAAUAAAACCUGCGUAUAUUGCUGUUUCAUUGCCAAAACCAACUGAGAAAGCGUCAUCUAAUGAUGCUGCUAAUUCUAUACUUAAGCCUGGAAUGUUUCCCAAGUCUUUGCGUGGCUAUGUUGAAAGAGCUUUGGCUCGUUGUAAAGAUGAUAAGCAAAUGGAAGCAUGUCAGGCUGUCAUGAAGGAGAUGAUCACCAAGGCAACAGCUGAUGGUACCCUCAACACACGAAAUUGGGAUAUAGAACCACUUUUCCCCAUGCCAGAUGCAGAUGUGGCCAAUAAAGAUAGUUCACUGUCUUCAGUCCAUGAUUCUUUGUUGCCAAAGUAUAAAAAAAGUCCUAGACGAUCUAAAAGUAGGUGGGAGCCAUUACCAGAGGAGAAGCCAGUUGACAAUCCAGUGUUAAUCAACAAUGAUACUGUAAAAUAUAGUGGUUGGGUACCAAAUGAAAAGGACAGAAAGGUGGCAGUGGAAAGCAAAGAAAGCAAGGAAGAUGGUUUGCGGAACACUAAAUUUUCUCCAUUACUGCAGAGAACACCUAGUAGGGCAGGCCAAAGGCCAUUUAAGAAGCAGCGUCUUACAGAUGCUUCUUUUGUUUCUGAAAAUGGUGAUGCAUCUAGUGAUAGUGACAAGGAACAAAGUUUGACAGCAUAUUAUUCUGCUGCAAUGGCUUUUAGUGAUUCACCAGAGGAAAGGAAGAGACGUGAAAAUCGUUCUAAGCGAUUUGAUUUAGGGCAAGGCCAUCGGACGGAAAAUAAUCACUUCAGAAAAAAGAAUGCUGGAGGUGGAAACUUGUACAGUAGAAGGGCUAGUGCCUUGGUGCUGAGCAAAAGCUUUGAAGAUGGUGUCAGCAAAGCUGUUGAGGAUAUUGACUGGGAUGCACUUACUGUGAAGGGUACUUGCCAGGAAAUUGAAAAGCGUUACCUGCGCUUAACUUCUGCUCCUGAUCCUGCCACCGUAAGACCUGAAGAGGUUCUUGAAAAAGCACUGUUGAUGGUUCAAAAUUCCCCGAAGAAUUACCUUUAUAAAUGUGAUCAGUUAAAGUCUAUUCGUCAAGACCUUACUGUUCAACGAAUACGCAAUCAAUUAACAGUGAAGGUGUAUGAAACACAUGCCCGAUUGGCACUGGAAUUUGGGGACCUGCCUGAGUAUAAUCAGUGUCAAUCUCAGUUGAAGACUCUUUAUGCUGAAGGGAUUGAGGGGUCUUAUAUGGAAUUUGCUGCUUACAACUUGCUUUGUGUUAUAAUGCAUUCAAAUAAUAACAGAGAUCUCCUAUCAUCAAUGGCAAGGUUAUCUCUAGAAGCAAAGAAGGAUGAAGCUGUAAAACAUGCGCUUGCAGUUCGUGCAGCUGUGACUUCAGGAAAUUAUGUUACAUUCUUUAGACUGUACAAAGCUGCUCCUAACUUAAACACCUGCCUUAUGGAUCUCUAUGUUGAAAAGAUGCGUUAUAAAGCUGUGAGCUGCAUGUGCCGGUCAUAUCGCCCAACUGUACCUGUUUCGUACGUUUCUCAGGUUCUUGGAUUCUUAAAUGGUGUGAGCGAUGAGAAAGACACGGAUUCUUUGGAAGAGUGUGUAGAAUGGUUGAAGGCGCAUGGUGCCAUCAUAAUUACUGAUAAUAAUGGAGAUAUGCUGCUUGAUACAAAAGUUUCAUCAUCUAGUUUAUUUGUGCCAGAGCCAGAGGAUGCUGUGGCCCACGGUGAUGCCAAUCUUGCUGUUAACGAUUUUUUAGCACGGGCACCUUUAUAGCCAAGUUUUUGAAUUACAGAUAGUGGAGAUGUCAUUCAGGAAAGUAGGGGAAAAUGAUGCAGCCUUUCAUGUUCUCUAUCGGUAGGUAAUGUUGCAAGAAGGCUAGAAAAAAGGCUGUGUGAUCAUGUCCUGAAACUCAGUCUGAAACCAAGGACUAGUAACGUGGAAUAUACAAACAUGAAAGAGAAAAAAAAAUAAAAAAAUCAAGCACGCUAACGUUCCAAUGGAUAUGUCCCCCCCACCCCCCCUAUAAACAUUUGUUUGGUCGGUUACCAUUCUUUCCUGGGAACGGACAGGACUAUAGAUGUAAUGUAAUUUAGUUUUGAAGAUGAUAAUAAAAGCACCUCCAAUUUCAAUUUCUUACCCUCAGUGUGAGGAUCAUGCAGUCGUUAAUGGAAAGUGGGACACCCAUGUACAUGUAACAAAAAUUGCUUUGAUUAUAUUGUUCCAAAAAAAUAUCCAUAUAUCACUU